AUGAACAAUAUUGAGCCUUAUUUUAGGACAGAGCAAAAAGAUGAUGUUGCAAAUGCAUUCAUCACUAGAAGAGGCUCCAGUAAAAAUGAGAAUGAACGCAGUGGACAAGCAAAUUUCACUACUGCCUAUACGACACCUGGACCGAAGGAAAGAAAUUCGAGUGAAAUGAAAAAAGCCAAUUUAGGAGUAAUGCUGGGUGUAUAUUUGCCAACAAUCCAACAUAUUCUUGGAGUAACAAUGUUCAUACGACUGGCAUGGAUAGUUGGGAUAGCUGGCAUAAUAGAUACUAUGAUUUUGCUACUACUUUGCUGCUUAUGUACAUUGUUGACAAGCAUUUCAUUAUCAGCCGUAGCAACAAAUGGUAUUGUGGAAAGCGGAGGAGUUUAUUUUAUGAUCUCGAGAAAUUUGGGGUCAGAAUUUGGCAGUGCUGUGGGUAUUUUGUUCUAUUUAGCGAAUACAGUCGCAUCGUCGAUGUAUCUAAUUGGCGGAAUUGAAGUGAUGCUGCUCUACAUUUUUCCAUCUUUAACUAUUGGUGGUAACAAUGUGCACUCUGACACCGGAAUGUGGGGAAUGAUGUCACAUAAUUAUCGCAUAUACGGUUCAAUACUUCUUCUACUGGAAGUGAUAAUCGUCGCUAUGGGUGUACGAUUUGUGCAGCUCCUUGCACCGGUAUCUCUAUUCGUCGUAAUUGUUUCUAUACUAGCAUGCUUUGCGGGCGGUAUCGAAAAAGCGAUUCAUCAAAACGGCCAGCAGUAUGCUUUUAUCAAACUUUCAUUCAUUAUGACCAAUCGUGUAUGCAUGCUGAACGAACAACUUCUUCAAUCACGAAUAUUUUUUCCGCAUGGCGCCGAUCUGUCUACUGUUUGCAAACGAUGUGUUAAAUCUGAAGAGUACAUUUUACUUCGCUCUAAUUUUCAUUCAUGUAUCUCAGAUGACUUCUGCAACAGUACAACGGCAUCCUUUUGUACACACUUCACAGCAUCAACCCUGACAUGCACCAAUGCAUUUCCUGGCAUCAAUGCACAAACUUUUUACGAUAAUAUGAAGCGGAUGUAUAUGGAAGCAGGCGAAUCUUAUCCAAACAUACCGGCUGAUGAUACCGGAUUAGAAGUUUCUCAGGAUUUUCGCACAAGCUUUUUCAUCUUGCUUGCUAUUUACUUUCCAGCUGUCACUGAUAUUAUGACCGGAACAAAUAUGAGCGGUGACUUAAAAGAUUCGCAAAAGUCGAUUCCGUAUGGUACAAUCGCCGCAACAUUAACAACAUCCGCAAUUUAUUAUGCCUUAGCUUUACUAUUCGGUGCCUCAAUCAUUGGACCAGUUCUACGUGACAAAUAUGGACGAAGCUUGGAUAGUUCAAUGAUUGUAGCCCUGUUGUCUUGGCCCUCGCCGUGGAUUGUUAUCACUGGCUCUUUUUUGUCCACAUUUGGUGCUGCUUUACAGUGCUUAUGUAGUGCACCACGCUUAUUACAAUCAAUUGCUAAAGAUGAUGUUAUACCAGCAUUGGCACCGUUUUCCAAAGUUACAAGAACUAAUGAACCAUUUCUUGGCUUGCUGAUAACAGCGCUAAUAGCAGAAUUUGCUAUAUUGCUUGGUGCGGUGGAUAAAAUUGCUGAAGUAUUGGAUUUUUUCUUUUUGAUGUGUUACGCAUUUGUGAACUUAAUUUGCGCGCUACAUUCACUAUUGAAAGCACCAAACUGGAGACCGCGAUUUCGUUACUAUCACUGGUCCUUAUCACUUACCGGUGCAGCUCUGUGUUUCUUUAUAAUGUUUGUAUCACAAUGGCAGUAUGCAGUACUUUCAAUCAUUUUAACUUUUGUUAUCUACAAAGCUAAGAAGGAAUGGGGUGAUGGAAUACGAGGUUUGGCAUUAUCAACAGCGCAGUAUAGUUUGCUAAAAGUUGAGGACAAAGAUCCACAUCCGAAAAACUGGCGGCCACAAUUGCUUGUUCUUGUGUAUGAUACUUGGUCCAAAGGUAUCAUUGAUAAGCAGAAUGUUAAUUUAAUUAAUUUGGCUGGACAGUUAAAAGCAGGGCGUGGUUUAGCUAUUGUGGUGGCGCUCAUAAAAGGUUCUGUUUGGAAUUAUGACGAUAGACAGAAAGCUGAAAAGGUGAAGGAAAGUAUUCAACAAAAUAUGUCACGAGUUCAUUUGCGUGGUUUCGGCAAAACGUUACUUUUUGAUGAAAAUCAGAUGGACGGAUGUUUUACGACAUUGUUUCAAAGUAUUGGUAUCGGUGGUUUGAAACCCAACACUGUGUUAAUGAAUUGGCCUGAAAGAGAGGAGGAAAAUGCAAUCUUUACCGUGGAGUUAGUUGAAGCUGUAGCAAAUGGUGAAUGUAUAAUGUUGGCAAAAGGUAUCACAGCAUUUCCAUCAUCCUCCAGUGAUCGGCUAAUGGGUUACAUUGAUAUCUGGUGGAUUUUACAUGAUGGCGAUCUGCUUAUGUUGACUGCAUUUCUUCUCAAACAACAUAAGGUAUGGCGAGGAUGUAAACUAAGAAUUUUCGCAAUUGCUGAAAUAUCAGAAAAGAAUGUUGAAUUGAAAGCAACGCUGCAAAAAUAUAUUUAUAUGUUACGCAUCGAUGCAACAGUUUUUAUAGUGAAUGACAAAGUGAAUGAAAAUGAUGUAUCGGAAACUUCGAGUGGACAAACCCUGAUGAUUACCAUCAAAGAAAGAAAAUUUGGGAACAAAAACAAAAAAUCCGAUAAAAGUGUUGCUGAUGAGGAUAAUGUAAUACAAGCAGUAACAACUUUUACCCAGAAUGGUUCAUCUUCAUUUUCAAUGGGUUAUUUAUCGGUUUACAAUCAAGGCGAAAAAGACUUUCAUGAUGAUGAAAACUGGGAGGAAAAAUUGGAAACAGUAAAACGUUUCAACGAUGUUAUCGUGAAAAAUUCGAAAGAUUCACAAUUGGUCCUUUUGAGUCUUCCUCGCCCACCGAUCAGUAAGGAAAAAAUAUUGUCGCAUUAUAUGUUUGCCAUCGAUUCACUCACUCUGAAUCUUCAGCGAAUUCUUUUCAUUGGUGGUAGUGGCAAAGAAGUUGUGACAAUCAAUUCCUGA